UCGGUCAUGUGUUCAGCUGUGCCCAAUCACAGCUGAUCACUGAUCAUCAGGGCACUGAUGAUCAGUGUGCCUUGAUGAUCAGUGUGGCCCCAGCAGUGCCACCUGUCAGUGCUCAUCAGUGCCAGUGCCCAUCAGUGCCACGUGCCAGUGCCCAUCAGUGCCACAUCAAUGCCACAUAUCAGUGCAUACCAGUGCACAUCAAUGCCACAUAUCAGUGCCCAUCUGAGCUUCCUUUCAAUGUCACCCAUCAGUGCCAGUCAGUGCCACCUAUCAGUGCUGCCAAUCAGUGCCACCUAUCAGUGCCAGUCAGUGCCGCCUAUCAG